GUUUCUCUGGCAGCGUUCUGUCCCAUUCAGGGCAGCAGUCCUGGUGAGCAAGCAAAGCGCUCAGGAAGCCACCGGGUCUCCCCGGGAGCCUCUGGGAGAUGAGGAUGUUCUGCGGGGCUUGCCUCUGGGGUAUUCGGGGUGGGUUUUGAACGAACUGCUUUCCGGGCAAACGGCAACAGGCAAAGAACGGUGUGAUUUCGAGAAAGAAGUCGGGGAACACGGGUCUCCUGCGCAGCCUCGAGUGGCCUGAAGUCACGGGAUUCUCAGGAAGACUUGGGCAGAGACUAGCCACAAGGUGAAGAUACUGAGGCUCAGACUGGGGAAGGGACGGGCCCAGCCCUGCGGAGAUGAGAAUGGAGAAUGAGGAUUACAACGGCUCCUUCGCCGAUGAGUAUGAGUACUCCGAGGAUUUAGACUCCAUCCUGGUUUUGGAGGAUUUAUCUCCCCUGGAAGGCAGGGUGGUCAGGAUCUUCCUGGUGGUGGUCUACAGCAUCGUCUGUUUCCUUGGGCUCUUGGGCAAUGGUUUGGUCAUCGUCAUCGCCGCCUUCAAGAUGAAGAAGACGGUGAACAGUGUCUGGUUCCUCAACCUGGCUGUGGCGGAUUUCCUGUUCAACGUCUUCCUCCCGAUCCACAUCGCCUACGCCGCCAUGGACUACCACUGGGUGUUCGGGACGGCCAUGUGCAAGAUCAGCAACUUCCUGCUCAUCCACAACAUGUACACCAGCGUCUUCCUGCUGACCAUCAUCAGCUUCGACCGCUGCAUCUCUGUGCUUCUCCCCGUCUGGUCCCAGAACCACCGCAGCAUCCGGCUGGCUUACAUGGCCUGCAUGGUGAUCUGGGUCCUGGCUUUCUUCCUGAGUUCCCCAUCCCUCGUCUUCCGGGACACGGCCCACCUGCACGGGAAAAUAUCCUGCUUUAAUAACUUCAGCCUGUCCGCCGCCAGCUCUGCCUCGUGGCCCGAUCACCGCCACGUGGACCCUGUGGGGUUCGGCCGGCACAUGGUGGUGACCAUCACCCGUUUCCUCUGUGGCUUCCUGAUCCCGGUCCUCAUCAUCACUGCCUGCUACAUCACCAUCGUCUACAAGCUGCGGCACAACCGCCUGGCCAAGACCAAGAAGCCCUUCAAGAUCAUCGUGACCAUCAUCAUCACCUUCUUCCUCUGCUGGUGCCCCUACCACACACUGUACCUCCUGGAGCUCCACCACCGCGCCAUGUCGGGCUCCGUCUUCAGCCUCGGUGUGCCCUUGGCCACUGCCGUCGCCAUUGCCAACAGCUGCAUGAACCCCAUCCUGUACGUCUUCAUGGGUCAGGACUUCAAGAAGUUCAAGGUGGCCCUCUUCUCCCGUCUCAUCAAUGCUCUGAGUGAGGACACGGGCCACUCCUCCUACCCCAGCCACAGGAGCUUUACCAAGAUGUCAUCCAUGAAUGAGAGGGAGACCAGCAUGCUCUGAGCCUCGCCUGGAAACCCCCGAAUGGAUACUCCCAACCUUGGAAGCUCAAAGCGAUGCAUUCUCCGGACCAUGGUAGGAGCCUCUUGGGUACCCACAGAUGCCCACUGCAUUUUGCAUGGGGCUGAACAGUAUUUUGAGCUGGGAAUCCAGGGCCGGGAACUCCUUUCUUUCAGUGUCAUGGUAGACAGAGCACCCAUGGUACUCAGCCUUGGACCAGCUUCCCAUGCUUCUGGGAGGCUAGUCUGGACCGAUGCAAAACAAACGAAAAAGGGAGAAUUCUCAAAAGCACUGCCACGAACUGGGUUGGACAUGAGACAGAGGGAUUAAGCCACCUACGGAGCACUCCCCUGAAAUAACAUAGACACUUUCCAAGGUCCAUUCCCGAUGGGAGCAGAGGAGGUCAAAGCAAACCUGGUGCAAUGGAGAUCACGCCUCGUCCCACAUCCUUAUAUCAACAGCUGGCCAGGAAUCCUGCCACUCAAGCCACUCCUCUGGGUUCGAGGUUACCUGGGAGGAGGAGGCGACAUGUGAGCGCUUGAUCUCCUGGGGCCAUGUUUUUUGGCUUUCGGAUCAGCUGGUAAGACAGAGAAGAGAUCCCCAGGGGCCACAGGGCUCUUUGUGAGAGCAAGAGAAACAGGACUGCAGUGAGGACUUGGGGCCGGGGGGGAAGGGCCGGAGAAAGAAGAGGGUUGAUGCAGCUCACCUUUGAACUUCCCAGGGUGACAGUGCUUUGGAUCUUAGCUGUUUUCAGGGUGGGGUUAAGCGAUGUCAGCCCUUUGGCCCAAGCCCUGAUCUCACUUUGCAUUUGCUACCCUGGGGCUGGUUUGAGGCAGGCAGCCCCUACCCCAUCACCCCCCUCUUCUCUAACCCCCUGGCUCAGGCUAGAGGUGCUCAGAAUACUCCAGGGCAGGGGGCAGGGAAUGGGGGGAACUGGGGGUUGCACAUCUCCUCCUCCUCACCUUUCUCAAAGCCUUGCUGGAGGCUGGUCCAAAAUCAAUCUGGGAGCACCUCAAGGGCCAAAGGGGUGUCAGGUGCUCUGUCCCUGUGCUCAGAGCAGAAGCUGGAGCCUCGCUCCUUGAACUGUGCUCCCGAAGACGCAGGGCUGAGGGGGCCCGAGGGCCCAGAGCAUCUCCUGUGUGUAGCUACAUUGUCUUUUUUCAUCUGGGACGCCCCCCCACUUCCCCAUGCUGCAGGGUGCCCUUGUCCCAUUUACAAAUGACAAAGCAGAGGCUCAGCGGAGGGAAGUCACUCACCCAACGUCACACAGCGAGCCAGAGGCUAAGAGUUAAGCAUCUGAAGCCAGCCCUGCCUGGCCCCAGAAACCCUUCUUUUAUGCAGGAUGGAUCUAUUGAGAAUAUUGUAGACAAUGCGGAUAACCUACAUUUAUUUAGCACUCCUAUGUUAAGCACGUUACAUGUGUAUCUCAUUUAUCUCUCGCAGCAGCCCUGAGUUAGGAACAAUCAUCACUUCCCUUCUAUGGAGGAGGCAUCUAGGGCUCAGAGAAUUUAAGUAAGUUGCCCAAGGGCGCCCAGCCGGUCUGCGUUAGAGCCUGGACUUGGACCAAGGUCUGUCUGGCUGAAAUAAGGCUGCAGAGGCUUGGGGUUUUGAUUAUAAAUAUCUCCAUAUCCCUCAGCAGAUUAAUAUCAACAUCUUAAGGGCUUUAAAGUCAGCUUUGCAAACAGUUUUCGAAAAAGACCCAACAUGGCAAAGAAAAUGAACUUGGCUUCCAGGUCCCUUGGCUCCCAUUCACACUUGGCCACCAUGGCUCCCACCUCGUGUGCCCCCAAGCUCUCCGGGGAGAGCGGGGGAGGGGAGGCGGCCAGCAGGAGGGCCCUUCGGUCUCUAAGUGUCCACAUUCUGCUCUCUUCCAAGUUUCUUCACUGUGAAGCCAAUUCUCCAACAAGAUGCCAUGAAUAGAUGUCUACACAGUGCCCAGCGACUUCCUGAGGCCAUGGACUGUUUGGAAUCACACCUCAUUAAGAGACAAACUGUUCCGUCCUUGUGCUUGUGACGAGACAGCUCUGAGUUGACCCCCAGCUGGGGCCUCCAAUGGCUCCAAGCCAUCUGAGCUUAGUUUGAGAGUGAGAAGGGGGCCGGACACACCGCCCAGCAUCCCCGUCCUCCACCCCCAACCCCACCCCAUCUCCACGGGUGAAGCAUCCGAGACCCAAGCUGGAGUGGGAUGCAUUCCAGGUCCUGGAGACAGUCAUCCACGGCUUGAGGAGGACCAUGUUGUUCCUUGGGGCUCGCUGUCUCAUUCUUCCUGGGCUGCGUGCUCGCCAGGCCGGGCUGGGGGAGCCAGGAAGCGAUUUUGUCGUUGGAAAAGCUGACGAACAGAAGCAGAAUGAAAACCAGCUGUUUCUCUCCUCAGAGCCAGGGCCCGCUCUUUCUGGCUGCCCUGCUCUGACUGGAGUUUCCCAUCAAAUGCUUAAAUGCACCCAGGACAUCCCCUUCAUCUUGUCCCUACAGCUUCUUCUGAGACCUUCCGCAGGUCAGACGUACGAAGGCCCCGUGGAGAUCACAAAGUCUGUUCAUGUGAAUUACUCCACAGGGGGCCAGCACGCUUUGUGCCCGGGAGCACUCCCUCCAGGGCCUGGAUCUGGCUGAUGGGGCCUCAGUGCUGCCUCCUGGGUC